AUGACGGCGCCCUGGGCGGCCCUCGCCCUCCUCUGGGGAUCGCUGUGCGCGGGUUCCGGGCGCGGGGAGGCCGAGACUCGGGAGUGCAUUUACUACAACGCCAACUGGGAGCUGGAGCGCACCAACCAGAGCGGCCUGGAGCGCUGCGAGGGCGAGCAGGACAAGCGGCUGCACUGCUACGCCUCCUGGCGCAACAGCUCCGGCACCAUCGAGCUCGUCAAGAAGGGCUGCUGGCUGGACGACUUCAACUGCUACGACAGGCAGGAGUGUGUGGCCACCGAGGAGAACCCCCAGGUGUACUUCUGCUGCUGUGAAGGCAACUUCUGCAACGAGCGUUUCACCCACUUGCCGGAGGCUGGGGGCCCAGAAGUCACGUACGAGCCACCCCCGACAGCCCCCACCCUGCUCACGGUGCUGGCUUAUUCGCUGCUGCCCAUUGGGGGACUAUCCCUCAUCGUCCUGCUGGCCUUCUGGAUGUAUCGGCAUCGCAAGCCUCCCUACGGCCAUGUGGACAUCCACGAGGACCCUGGACCUCCACCUCCGUCCCCUCUGGUUGGCCUGAAGCCUCUGCAGCUGCUGGAGAUCAAGGCUCGGGGGCGCUUUGGCUGUGUCUGGAAGGCGCAGCUCAUGAAUGACUUCGUGGCUGUCAAGAUCUUCCCACUCCAGGACAAGCAGUCAUGGCAGAGUGAACGGGAGAUCUUCAGCACACCUGGCAUGAAGCACGAAAACCUGCUGCAGUUCAUUGCCGCUGAGAAGCGAGGCUCCAGCCUGGAGGUGGAGCUCUGGCUCAUCACGGCCUUCCAUGACAAGGGCUCCCUCACGGAUUACCUCAAGGGGAACAUCAUCACGUGGAAUGAACUGUGUCACGUGGCAGAGACAAUGUCAAGAGGCCUCUCGUACCUUCAUGAGGACGUGCCCUGGUGCCGUGGAGAGGGCCACAAGCCAUCUAUUGCCCACAGGGACUUCAAAAGCAAGAAUGUAUUGCUCAAGAGUGACCUCACAGCCGUGCUGGCUGACUUUGGUCUGGCUGUUCGGUUUGAGCCGGGGAAACCUCCAGGGGACACUCACGGGCAGGUGGGCACGCGGCGGUACAUGGCCCCUGAGGUGCUGGAGGGAGCCAUCAACUUCCAGAGAGACGCCUUCCUGCGUAUCGACAUGUACGCCAUGGGGCUGGUGCUGUGGGAGCUCGUGUCCCGCUGCAAAGCUGCGGAUGGCCCUGUGGAUGAGUACAUGCUGCCCUUUGAGGAAGAGAUCGGCCAGCACCCGUCCCUGGAAGAGCUGCAAGAGGUUGUCGUGCACAAGAAGAUGCGGCCUGCCAUUAAGGAUCACUGGCUGAAGCACCCGGGCCUGGCCCAGCUCUGCGUGACCAUCGAGGAGUGCUGGGACCAUGACGCAGAGGCUCGCCUGUCUGCGGGCUGCGUGGAGGAGCGAGUAUCCCUGAUCCGGAGGUCGGUCAACGGCACUACCUCGGACUGUCUUGUCUCCCUGGUGACCUCCGUCACCAAUGUGGACCUGCCCCCUAAGGAGUCGAGCAUCUAAUAAGCCCAGGACACGAGUGGAUCUGAAGAGGAAAGGAAAAAGUUGUGUUUUGUUUUGGAAAUCCCGUAACACCAACAAACACAUGAAAUGCAGCUGCUAUUUUACCUUGACUUUUUAUUAUUAUUAUAAUUAUUAUAAUUAUUAUUAUUAAUAUUAUUUUUUGGAUUGGAUCAGUUUUUACCAGCACACUGCUCUACUGUAUCGCAAACAGCGGACGCGUCAGCAGGCGUUGAGGUGCUGAGCUGUGAAUGCGGAACCAGCGCCAUGCUGAAGAGCCUCAGCCACCUCCUGUCCCUUGGGGUUCAUUUUUCCCGCUUUCUCUUUGUUUGUUGUCUCAGAAUCUGUGACACAAAGAAACCCAUCUCCUGUCUUAGGAAACUUAAUGCUGCAAACUCUACCUAGAGGAACCUUUGAAGACUGUUACAUUAAGAACACACCUUCCUCAGAGGAGGAAUUUCCCCCUGCCCUCGCCCCCCCACCCCCGCCCUUAUUGUUUUUCUCCCUUUUUAGACAGUGAGUUUAAGAAACAGCAGAUGUGUCUUUCACGGAUUAACGGGUGUUGUCCUGACCGAGGAAAAACUGGGAUGACAACGAGGAUGGUUUGGACCAGAGUUGGAAGGGGAGGACAGAGCUGGGGAUGGGGUUUGGAACAGAGCUACACUGGACUCGGGCACAUUCGGAGCAACAUCCUUUGCUAGGAGGCUACUUCUCAGGUAACCAGGAAUCGAGGGGAAGGACCG